UUACUCAAAAAAGUGACACACACUCUACACAGGAAAUAUUUUGUAGUUGAUAUCAACGUAUUCUUCCUUUCAAUUGUUCAAAAUGCUGCUAGUACUUGAAGAUGAACACAAGGAACACCUGAAUUUCUUAGUUUCGGUGAAUGUGGAAGUUGUCCAAGAAUUCUGUCGAAUUGCCAUGGAAUUCAUCAGGAAAGGCAUCAACAACAAGAUGUAUCUCAUUGCAGCCCAGAAGCUUAGUGUUGAUGCAGAGACGGUGCGUCAUGGUGUGGAAGGCUUGAUGUACCUGCUGGCUGAGAGUGCUAAACUAAUGGUGACGGAUAUUGACUUCCAAGACUCUAUUUUGACGCUGGGUUUCUCUGACGAGAUGAAGAAGGAGCUUCUGAGGUUUUAUCUUGACAACUGCAAGGAGAUUCGAACGAUCCAAUCAGAGAUGGUUAUGGAUCUACCUCAUUACCAUAAUCUCGAAUGGCGACUUGAUGUCGAGCUUGCUAGUCGGUCACUCCACCACCAAACAACCCCGUCCCUCCUCCUGAAGUUACACACCGAGGACUCUGGGAACAAGACCACCCAGCUUCUCGAGACCGACCCGUCCAAUCUACUUCACAUGACGAAGUGUCUAGAGGGCGCCCUUGCAGAGGUCAAAAGUCAACAUUGCCGGAGAAUAAUGAGGAACAUAAACAAAUGAAAUACCAACACAAAGUAAAUUUCUAGAAAACUAAUUGUGAGAAAUCAUACAAAUAUUACACAUAUAUUGGAUGCACUUGUGUGCAUUGUUGCAAGAAAUAAUCUCAAGAUAAAAUCUGGUCUUACUUCUAGACUUGUGAAGAAGUCAUCAUUGGUUUGUCACGGUGAUAGUCGUGUCGGGGUGGCACGUUAUGAAUAAGGUCCCCCGAUCAAAUACUGCUCUUGCGAGAUCACUGCUGGCCGCCGACUACUCCAUGAAAAUGCACUGCUCAAGAGCAGUAGUCUCACAGGGCCAGCAGUUUCGCAAGAAUAUCCACAGUGUUGCUGGAAUCGCAGAGAAUCAAAACGCUAUCACCGCGAAAGACAUUUAACAACUUGCCCACCAGUCUAAGACCCUCCCGAUAUUAUUCCAGAUAAAAGUGCAGGGUGUGAUAUGGACUAAGCAAUAUGGUAUAAUAUCACACAAAGGGCCCUGUCUUAAGAGGCAACUUUUGCAGGCAACAUGGAGUCAAGCAACUGCAUAGCCUUGUCCAAGGCUAUCUACGCAAGCACCGGCCCGCUCUGAAUUCAU